AUGCCCUUACUGGCUUACGGCCCUAGUGGGCCUUUCGACGACCCGGACAGCGGCAACAGUAGCUUGCGCGACCUUAUCGAGACUCUGAAUGAGAUAGUCGAGGUCCUCGUUGACGACAUCCAGGAUCUGGCUGUUGAAGUCAACGGCCUACGCACCGAGGUCUGCGCUCUACGUACUGAAGUUGGUGGUCUGCGCAACAAUGACAAUGACAAGCAUACCAAGAAGUGCGGUCUGCGCGCUAGGUUCCACGGCCUACGCCGCAAGAUCCGCGACAAGCUCAGCAAGCGCAACGGUGAAUAUAGGGGAGGAGAUGGCCAUGAGUUGGCAUUCCUUGAGCUGGCGAACCACCGCAAUACCCAGUUCAUCUACACUCCCUACAAUUAG